AUGUUUUUGUCCUACUCGCCCCAAGCUGCGCGCGCGUCCGAGCGCGAUCCGUCCAACCUGAAGCGCGAAGUCGCUUCUAAACUACUUUCGAAAGUACAACGUUGUACAGUACGACGGGCAGGUUAUGACGAAUAUCAAGGCACCAUCAACACCCCCAUCACCUUCGAAUCCUGCACCGGCUUUGUCAACGAGAACCUCAACUCCAUCCGCAUAGCCCAGGCGCUCGCGUACUCGAGCACGCUCAUCAGCAUUCUCAGCGCCGUGUACGAGUUCUUCGCCAAACGCGAGCUCCGCAAACAGGCGCGCGAGCGCGCAGAGAACGGCGACGACGCGCAAAUCACGCUCGACAUCGAAGCGGCUCCCGCGCAGAUUGCGUUGCUUCAGUUGGAAGUCGGGUCUCAGAAGAAAAACAUCGACGUCUUACACAGAACCGUCGACGUCGUGAAGAAAGCGGCUGAUGCCUCGAAACAAGCAUUUCAAAAGCAAGUGGACGAGAUCAAGCAGCUCCUCUUAUCAAGGAGACCAGCGCCUCCAACUUUGCCCGUGUAA